AAUUACAUGGACGCAAAAUUUGCGGGGUGGAGACAUUUUACAGCUGCACUGAAAGAUAUGCUCAUAUGCUCCAAAUUACACCAGAGUGAUUCUGAAGGAUGAACAGCAGUGGUCCAGCAUACCCUUUGGCCUCUCUGUAUGUAGGUGAUCUUCAUUCAGAUGUCACUGAGGCCAUGCUCUACCAGAAGUUUUCUCCGGCUGGACAGAUCAUGUCCAUUCGUGUUUGCCGUGAUGUUAUUACACGCAGGUCCCUUGGAUAUGCUUAUAUCAACUUCCAGCAGCCGGCUGAUGCGGAAUGUGCCCUUGACACAAUGAACUAUGAAGUCCUCAAGGGUCGUCCAAUCAGGAUCAUGUGGUCGCAGCGAGAUCCAGGCCUGAGAAAAUCUGGGGUGGGAAACAUCUUUAUCAAGAACAUGGAUGAGUCUAUUGAUAACAAGGCUCUCUAUGACACUUUUUCUGCUUUUGGUAACAUCUUGUCAUGUAAGGUUGUUUGUGAUGAAAAUGGCUCAAAAGGUUAUGGGUUCGUGCACUUUGAGACUCAGGAAGCUGCCAACAGAGCUAUUGGGACUAUGAACGGCAUGCUUCUGAAUGAUCGGAAAGUUUUUGUAGGGCAUUUUAAGUCUCGUAAGGAGCGUGAGGCAGAGAUGGGGGCUAAAGCCAUGGAGUUCACCAACGUCUACAUUAAGAACUUUGCUGAAGAUGUUGACACUGUGAAGUUGAAGAGCAUCUUUAGUGAAUUUGGUAAGACCCUCAGCGUUUGUGUGAUGACUGAUGAAAGGGGACGCUCUCGUGGCUUUGGCUUUGUCAACUUUGAAAACCAUGAAGAUGCCAGAAGGGCAGUAGCUGAAAUGAAUGGCAAGGACUUGAAUGGCAGGGUGCUGUAUGUGGGUAGAGCUCAGAAGAGACUGGAGAGACAGGGAGAACUCAAACGCAAAUUUGAGCAAAUAAAGCAGGAGCGCAUACAACGGUACCAGGGGGUGAAUCUUUAUGUAAAGAAUCUAGAUGACAGCAUUGAUGAUGAGAAGUUGAGGAAAGAGUUUGCGCCUUAUGGAACAAUUACUAGCGCAAAGGUGAUGACCGAUGGGGGCCACAGCAGGGGCUUCGGUUUCGUGUGUUUUUCUUCUCCUGAAGAGGCCACGAAGGCAGUCACUGAAAUGAACGGUCGGAUCGUUAGCACCAAACCGCUAUAUGUGGCACUCGCCCAAAGAAAAGAAGAGCGAAAGGCCAUCCUUACCAAUCAGUACAUGCAGAGGUUAGCCAGCAUUCGAGCCAUUCCCGGCCCUGCCAUACCCAACGCUUACCAGCAGAGCUCUGGUUACUACAUGACCACUGUACCACAGCAUCAGGUUCGCUCUUAUUACAAUACUGUGCCAAACCUGCGGCCCACACCACGCUGGACAGCUCAAGCUCCAAGAACACAAGCUCCAUUCCCAGCUGAGUUUGUGAGACAAGCAAUGCCACGCAGACCCUCCACCACCAUAAGCACGGUCCGCCAGGCCUCCACUCAGGUCCCUCACAUUGUUAACAACACCCAACGAAUGGCUAACAUUGGGACACAGACGGCUGGUGGGAGAACAGCAGGAGGAGCUGCAGUCAGAGGAGUCAGUCAGUACAAAUACUCCGCCGGAGUCCGUAAUGUGCAGCAGGUCAUCCACGCACCAGCUCCUGUUGUUCAUCAGGUGGCACAUAAUACAGAACCUGCGGUUCACGUGAGGGGCCAGGAGCCUCUUACAGCUUCAAUGCUGGCAGCUGCACCCUUAAAAGAACAGAAACAACUCCUGGGUGAACGCCUGUACCCCCUGAUACAGGCUAUGCAUCCCACCCUUGCGGGGAAGAUCACAGGUAUGCUGUUGGAGAUUGACAACUCUGAGUUACUGCACAUGCUUGAGUCUCCAGAGUCUCUGCACUCUAAGGUCGAAGAGGCAGUAGCGGUUCUUCAGGCUCAUCAGGACAAGGAGAUAACAACGAAGAAGUGAAGAAGCUCCCUGAGGCAUGCACGCUGAAGUUCCGUGGAGGUUUUUUCAAAAACGGGGAAGAAUGAAAAGGGUUGAAAAUUGCACUUCAGAGUCAUGUUAUUCAAUGUGUUGUAGUUUUGACACAGCAAAUGCCAUUUUGAUCUCCACAAUGUUAAGUUUAUUCUGAGUUUGUUUAUAAAAAUGAAAAAUGGAAAAAAGAAAAAGGAUGA